AGAACCCCAGUUUGGAAUUUACAACAAGAUUACAAGGUACCAGAUAAAUAUAACAGACCUGGUUGUUCAAACGCAAAAUGCCAAAAAUUAAAAUCAAAGUUGAAAAACCAUUCUGUAACACACGAAAAACAGUUUUUCUCACAUUUCCAAACUGAGCAUAAGAAUGACCAUGCAACAUCUCAUGAGAAUUUCUUAGUUAAUCAGACUUGAUUUCAUGCAUAAUGCAGUCACAGAGCUGAUUAACCAAUGAAUUUAUUCCCACAAUAUAAUUCCUAGAUUUGACGGUUAACAGAAAGUUAAGAAAUGAAUCUUUGAUCGGCGUACGUAACUGGUGUGAAUCUUACCAUGCCAAGACUGGCCUUCGAUUGUACCUAGUGUCAGAGGCUGAACGAUUAAUUUUCAACUCACUCAAAAAUUGAUUACCUCAAUAAAUUCUAAGAAUGAGAAUGACCAUGCCAGAUAUCCUGAGAAUUUCUUAGUUAAUCAGACUUCAUUUUAUCCAUAAUGCAGACAGAGCUGAUCAACCAGAAAAUUAUUCUUAUAAUAUAAUACCUAGAUUUGACUGUUAAUAGAAAGCUGCCAGUGGGCUUUGAGAAAUAAAUCUUUUUUUGCUUGAGCUUGGGGGUGAAGAGAAUUUAAGGGGUGCAUUUAUCAUGAAACGGACCCUUAUCUCGACAGGUACAUAUAGUCAGCCGGUUUGAGACAUUUUUAAGGCAGGCUGGAGUGACUGUGUCUAUUUUUUAUUAGCUAGGAUAUUUAAUCAUUUAUUUCUUGUUCUCUCUCUGGGUGCUAGGACGCUCCAUAUUUUCUCUUACAACGGUCUGACAGCCAGCGUAUAACCUUCCUGUGGCAUUUUCCCUCUAUGUUCAUGUCCAAGUUUGCAUGUGAAUGAUUGCAAGAUAAGACACCCACAACUUUCUUUGUUCGAGUAAAACUUCAGGUUUUAAGACACAGAGCACAUUGUGGCCGCUUCAGUGAUGGAUGCCAUAGAUAACACAUGGCUGAUUUGUUUCGGCAAAAAGCACUUUUGUACUCACCUUCCGAGCCUCAAAUGGACAAGGAGCUUGGUUUUACCAUCGUGGUCGAGAAAAGGUGAGUUGAUUUUGAAUGAUAGAAUAGGUAAACAACAUAUUUUACCAACUAAAACAAUGGUUCAAUUCGUCACCAGUUGCUUGUGUUGCUUCCUUGCUGACAAAGAAAAACCAUAUUUUUCCUCCACAAAAAGCACUCACUAUCCGAAAACUCAAACCUGGCCCCUCCCUGUGAGCUAUUUCCUUUAACUUCGUUUAUUUGGCAAUUUUUUGCAAUGUGAAAUUGUGGAUAAACUAAAAUUUAGUUGGAACACUUCCUGAUACGCAAUUUGGUUUCCUCAGAGCCUCCUUCAGCAGCUAACACAAACUGUAAAAGAGCUGUCGCGAUUCAGUGAUGAUGGAAGACUGUUACAAAUGGUAUUUCUCGACUCCUGGAGUGCUUACUAACAAGGCCAUCAAACAUUAAACAGCACAAAGAGGGAUUAACAAGAUAGAAAUAAUAUACAAUAAACUAGAGUAAGGCCAUAAUACAAGCAUUCGAAAUCUAUUUUUUUACUGCUGAGAUUUCAAAUUUAAAAUGGGAAAUCUGCCUGACGAUGAACUAUUGAAAUGUAUUUCCAUAAUUAAGGAGGAGUUUAGUAGAGUAGUUUAACACUUAGUUGAGCUGUGCAUAACGUUUAUCAAAUUCCAGUUAGUAAUUAGUGUUUUUGUUAUCUUUUUUUUCUGCUACACCUAUUUUCAGGAUGCAAACAGCGUAAAGUAGAUACAACAUUUGGAGAAAAGAAUUGCGGCGGCACUUGCUAGGUAAAUGUAGUGUUAAAAUACGCUACAGACUAAUAAUCUAGGACGCUUUGUUGUCUCAGAAAGCCAGACUUGAGCCUUAAAUGUUGGCUGUUUUAAUUGUAUUAUUUGAAACUCUAAAUUUCGAUUUCUCUGUUUGUUUUUUAGACCUCGUGCACUUCACGCAAUCAGAUUACAAAGUCUGGUACUUUGCCUGAGGCAGGCCCAUUUUUCAGAUGGAAACAGCGUAGCAAAAACAACUGGAGAAAUGAAUUCUUUGCACUCGACCUCUGGAGCAUUCCGUGCAAUCAGAUUACAAAUUCCUGCAUCGACUACAAGGGAUGGAAGGGAGCCGAGUGAAGUCUGGAUUAGACGCAAAGGGCUACAAAACUCAAGCUGGACAUCAAACCCAUUACUGGAAGAUUCAAUGCCAUUCUUUAUAGUUACUGUGGUGGUGGCCGCUCUUCUGCGGGCCUUAGGGCUCGCAGAAGAGGAUUUAGUACCAUUUUCAGUGGAAGAAGUAGGGGCCCCUCCACAUCAACAAGCCAGGGCCCCCACUGAGCACAGAGAGGACUGAGUGUCCUCUCCGUGCUCAAAAGUUGUAAAUAUACGUUUGUUUCAUUGUAAGUAUAGUAUUAGUAUUCUUAUGAGUAUUAAUAUCAGUAUCAGUAUCGGCAUCAUUAAUAGUAUUAGUAUUAGUGUUAGUGUUGUUAUGAUAUGUUUUAUAAACAUUUCACAACUGUGCAGUAGAUGCACAUAGUGAUGACUGUUUUUUAAUUUAUCUAAUAACUCUCUGUUGCAGCACAGUAAAAUAAAUGUUGCGUUUGAAGGGACACCACCACCUCAAAACACACAUCUAAGAAGGUGACUUAUACCCACGUGUACUGCUAGAAGUCUGUUCGUGAAAAUUAGGAAGAACCAAAGCCAGCAAGUGACACCAACCCCAUUGUGUUUUCCAACAUUGCAAUUGUUACAUUUUAAACAGUCAUUAAAAACAUGCAACGUUCUUAUAGUUAAAACAAAGAUUUUAGAAACCGCGUCUUUUGAGAAAAGUGAAAUUUGACUCUACACUUCUAAAGUUAGCCCUUCGCAGCCUUUCAUUUGGGAUGACAUCCUAAAACAAAGGCGCGUAAGGUGUGAAAGAGUUAUUUUUUUGUGUGAAGUGUCGGAGAUAGGAGCAUUCAUGGUACAGUAAUGAUUGGUUAAUU